GGCAGGAGAGUUCUCCUCUGAUCGGCCACGAUGAAGCUCACGGCGCUGCUUGUUUCCCUGCUGCUCGUCCAGAGCCAGGCUUUCGAGUUCGUGAUCGAUGGAGAGUGGGAAGGCGAGAUGUCAGAGGAUCACCUUCCCGAAAGUGGCAGACACAGGAGGAGCAUAUUGGCCAGAGAAGAAGAAGAGGACUUUGAGACCAUUCAAGGAUAUGACAUCACGGUUAAGAGUUAUAAGGUGGAGAGCAGGAUCACAUCGCGCUAUUCUCAAACCACUGUGAGGAGCUCGGUGGUUAACUCAGGAAAUGGCCCCCAGAGCAUCGGCUUCAACGUCCAGAUUCCCAAACGAGCCUUCAUCAGCAACUUCACCAUGAAUGUGAACGGGAUCACUUUUAUUGGUUCAGUGAAAGAGAAAACUGUGGCUCGGAGGCUGUAUGCCCAAGCACGAGCACGUGGGAAAGCUGCAGGCAUUGUCAGGACUAACUCUCAGGAGAUGGAGACCUUUAAAACAGAGGUGCAUGUACCAGCAGGCAGUAAGGUGGACUUUGAGCUGCACUAUCAGGAGAUGAUGCAAAGGAGACAGGGCAUCUACACCCACACUCUCCACCUCCAGCCAGGACGACUGGUCCCACUGCUACAGGUGGAUGUCUAUAUCUAUGAGCCCAAAGGCAUCAAGUUCGUGCAGACGCCCAACACGCUGGGGGAGCAAUUUGCCGGCCUGACUAAGAUUGUGCGCACCGACAGCAAAGCCCACGUAGUGUUUCACCCCAGCCUGCUGCAACAGCGCAAGUGUGCCAACUGCACCGAGAGUGCCGUGGACGGAGUGUUCACUAUACAAUACGACGUGGAAAGAGAAAGCAAUGGUGGAGAGCUGCAGGUGUCCGACGGUCAUUUUCUGCAUUUCUUCGCACCAUCCAAUCUCUCUCCUCUCUCCAAAAACAUCGUGUUCGUCAUCGACGUGAGCGGCAGCAUGUGGGGCCUGAAGAUGAAGCAGACAGUGGAGGCCAUGAAGGCCAUCCUGGACGGCCUGACUAUGGAGGACUUUUUCAGCAUCAUCGACUUCAAUCAUAAUGUUCGCUGCUGGAAGGAUGAACUGGUCACAGGAGCCAGUAUAAAUGUGGGCGAGGCCAAGGAAUACAUCCAGAAUAUCAAACCCAACGGAGGCACUAACAUCAACGAGGCUCUCUUGAAGGCGGUGCAGAUGCUGUUGAAAGCUCAGAGUCAGGGCAUGAUCGAGCCACGCUCCAUUUCUAUGAUCAUACUGGUGUCGGAUGGAGACCCCACUGUGGGAGAGAUCAAGCUCAGCGCCAUCCAGAAGAACGUGAAGCAGCUGAUGCACAAGGAGUUCUCCCUCUACUCCCUUGGCAUUGGCUUUGACGUGGACUUCGACUUCCUGGAACGCAUCGCCAUGGAGAACAGGGGCAUGGCCCAGAGGAUCUAUGCCGAUUCAGAAGCUUCCACGCAGAUGAAGCAAUUCUAUAGCCAGAUAUCAUCCCCUCUUCUGAGAACAAUCUCAGUCCAUUUCACUGGGGACACUGUGGCGAACAUCACUCAGAAUCAGUUUGAUAAAUUUUUCGAUGGCACGGAACUGGUUGUGGCUGGCAAACUCAAGGACAUGGCGUCCAAUAUGCUCCACGCCUACACCACUGCCUCUACUGCCACCAUGGACUUGAAAAUUGAGACAGAGGCGGACCUUCAGGAGCUGGACGACCUGCUCAGCCAACAGCAGCACUCCUUUGCCGGCUUCGCACGUCAGAUGUGGGCUUACAUCACCGUCAAUCAGCUGCUGUCGAGCGUGAGGCGCUCGAUGGCGCGGACGAUAGGAAAGAAACGCAAGAUCACGCAGCAGAUCCUGAUGCUGGCUGUGGAGCACCAGUUCGUGACACCCCUCACCGCCCUGUUGGUCGAGAGCUCAGACACAGACGGCCCCGAAAGGCUGCUGGCCGACUCGCCCAAGGACCCCAAGCAGGGCUGUUGUCCUGGCGCAGGUCCUUCUACUUCCAAAAUUACUUUUGUUAACAGUAAACCCUCUAUCCCCUCAUGGGUCACCCCCGUCACCCCAUCCCCCAGUGAGGCCAAGACCAUUCACGUUGUGGAGAAUGACCCUCACUUCAUCGUGCAUCUUCCUAAGAGCGGCAUGGACGUGUGUUUCAACGUCGACUCCAAGCCGGGACACGUCCUCAGCCUGGUGUCCGACCCAGAUGCAGGGAUCGUCGUCAACGGGCAGCUGGUGGGCUCCAAGAAGAUGAAGAAUGACAAGCUGAACACAUACUUUGGCACCAUCUCCGUCUACUCCAGAGCAGCAGGGGUGAAGGUGGUGGUGAGCACCAACAGCAUUAGCCUGAUGGAGGGCAGGAACAACCACUCCUUCUCCUGGGGAGGGACGGCUGAGCUCAGCCUCCAUAGGGUGAAGGUUGCCAUAGAGAAGGAGCAAAAGGUGACUGUGGUGAUUGACAAGAUCUCAGUGAUGGUGAUGCUACAUCGAGUGUGGAAGAAGCACCCAAUAAACGUUGACUUCCUUGGCAUCUACAUGCCCAGCGAUAACCAGUACUCCGCCCAGGUCCAUGGCCUCAUAGGGCAGUUUGCGAUCGAGCCUGAAGUGAAGGUAUUCGACGUGCGCGAAGGAACAGAGCCGGAGAAGAAGGCAGCCACCAUGGAAGUGAAGGGCAAUAAGCUCACUGUCACCAGAGGGUGGCAGAAGGACUACCGGCAGGAUCGCAAGUACGGAUCGGACGUUUAUUGCUGGUUUGUCCAUAACAGUGGAAAAGGCUUCAUUGAUGGCCAUUACACCAGCUAUAUUGUUUCUGAACUGGACAGCUUCCUCCCCCCUCUCUGAGUGUGUGUGUGUGUGUGUGUGU